AUGUCACCCAAGGAUCAGUCUUUCCCAGAACAACUUGCCUGUGUGCUCAAUGAAACCUUUUCACAAAAUGGCUUCAUAUUUUGUGAAGUUGACCAGUCACCUCAGCCAUCUGGGUCUGCAUCCCCACAUCUGCCAACACCAGCACCUAAUCCUCCUAUCCAACAUGAUGAUCAAUCUUUCACCAUGAAUCAAAAUCCUGCCUGUCCUUCACAAUCUCAUAACUUCUCCUUUGCCUUACAACAACUUCUUGACAAUCUUGAGCCUGAUGAGGUCAUUCAAAUCACUAUUGGAUGUGAUCCUAUUGAGUCUGAAGUUAAUGUUGCUCAAGAGGAUGAGGAGAAUAGGCUUACAAGAUCCAUGAACUCAACCUUUGCCUUGCAACAACUUGUUGAUAAUCUUGAGCCUGAUGAGGUCAUUCAAAUCACUAUUGGAUGUGAUCCUAUUGAGUCUGAAGUUAAUGUUGCUCAAGAGGAUGAGGAGAAUAGGCUUACAAGAUUGUUUGGAGCAGAGUCGUGGGGUUUAGGCAAGGUUUCGGCGUCGGUAGCACACAUCAUCAAGCAAGAUCCUCUCACAGAGUCACUACCGUUCCUUCGAGUUUUCAGAGCCCAGAGCAGAGUCAAGAGCAGAGUCCAGAGCUACAGAGCCAGAGCCGAGUAUAGAACCAAUCCAGAACAAGUAUCAAGCCUCGUGUCAGAACACGAGGAAACCGCACAAAGCAUAGCAUUUUCUCUUCAUAAGUAUAGCAAGAAAAACACUAAAGAUGCAGAUCUCUCAGACAAGUUCCUACAAGAACAAGCUGAGGAGUCAGAGUACGAAGUAGCGCAGCAGUUAGCAAACAACGAAGAAGAUGAUAAGGAAUCCUUAACAGGAGCACCAGACCCAUCUACAAUUCUUUUCUCAGAGCAACAACCCCAAAGUCUAGCACACGCAAGCGUCUUAGCACUAGAACAACUUCCAUUUCCACACGAGCAACAACCGAGUCCCCCUAGAGAGAGAAGACUGUUCCCUAGCUUCAUACAAGCAAAACCUAGAGCCACGAAAGCUACUAUCCCCGCAGCCCCAAAACUAGCCCAACUACAUCCAGCACCAACUAACGUCAUGGCUAGCGGACUGCUACCAACUUUAUUUCACGGGAAAGAGAGCGAGAAUGCACAAAACUUCAUGAGAAGUACCGAGGUGUAUUUCCUGAUCAACAGAAUCACAGAUGAGAUGACAAAGGUUGUGUUAUUCAGCGCACUAAUUUCAGCUGAUCACUGGUGGACGAACCAUGAUGCACAGCACAAGAGCACAUGGACCACAGUGAAAGCAGCCUUCAAAACGAAGUGGCCUAUGAUAAUGGUAGCAGGAAAAACCAUGUUGGAAUAUCAGAAAAAAUUACUAGUGUUAAGGUUGAAAGAGGAGGAUGUAGGAGAACACAUUACACUAGCAGAAAUCAAGAUGUGGUCGCAUAUUCAUUUCCAUAAUCAGCUCAAGACGUUGGUGCAGGAUGCAGGAGUAGCCAACGCACCGGUUCUCAUUCACCCCAUCCGAGACGUGCUCCCAAGGGUUCUCCGAGACUUGACGACACCAGCACCACCCAAUUGGGACACAUUUCUCAACGAGAUCAAGGAUGUCAAUGUUGACAUACUGCAGGACAAAGUGAAGCAGGAGAAGGAGAAAAAGGAGGCAGAAAGAGCACAGAAUGUUUGUAUUGCGCGCUUAGAGAGCCGUCAGCAUGACCCAGUGGAAGUUUUGCGCUUGCAGAUGCAGCAAGCAACACUCGGGGCAAGUACCCCCACACGAGGGAUGAGUGCAAUGGUGCUGCAGACAAGAGAAAACCCUAUGAUGCAGCAAGGGCAGAUUACCAGAAGACAAGUACGCUAUACACCAACCAACCAGAGUCAGAACGGACAACAAGUAUUGCGCAGUGCACCUACACAAGAAGAACAAGACAACCUACAAGCGAGAGUCAACGAAAUACCACACCAAGCAGAUACAGACCCGGGCCACACAGCCUACAACGAGCAGCGAAGACAGUGGGCAGCAAGGUGGGGAGAAGGUGCAAGGUGCAAUGAGACUACCCCAUUCCCCCUAACACCGGGUACAGCGCAAAUAUGUUCAGGAGAGUGUUUCCGGUGCGGAGCGCACAGACACAUCAGUCCAGCAUGUCAGUUACCACCAGACGCACAACUGCCGAAGAACGAGACAAUUUGGCGAGGCAUCUGCACUCGAACCCUCGGAACAUACAACAGGGCAACGGCAGUACAAGUCAAUUACGUGCUUGAAGAGAUUUUCGCCCCAGAAGCUGCGGAGCAGGGAAAAGGCCAAGGGUCAUUGGUGUAG